AUGCAGUCUGUUUCUAUCAGCAUGCCCUCUUCCCCCAGGGAAGUUCAUUUACAAGGCACUAAAAAAGUUCUCUUCAGAGACCAUGAUGGAACAGUUUAUGAUCCCACAAAUCCUAUGCCUGCACCUCUGGGUGUUCAACAGGCUACAUUUCAUUCUCAGCCAAUGACAGCAGGUGGAAAAUUUUUGAACUCCACGGAGAUUCCACCAAGGAAUCAAAAGGUUGACAGGAUGAAGGAUAAAAGAUUUGAUUCAUUUAAAACAUGGUCCGGCAGGCUUGAAAGACAGAAAUCAAAUUUGCGUGGAAAGCCUCGGGAAACUGGACCAGAGGAAAACACUAUGCAGAAUGAGGAGGUGGAGAUCUUACCUGUUGACAGAUAUUUUGAUGCUUUGGAAGGACCAGAGUUGGACACACUUAGGGCUUCAGAGGAAAUACUGCUUCCUGAGGACGAGCAAUGGCCAUUUCUUCUUCGUUUUCCAAUUUCUUCAUUUGGUAUUUGCCUCGGGAUUAGCAGCCAAUCUAUUAUGUGGAAAACCUUAGCCACCUCUGCCUCCACAAAAUUCCUCCAUGUAAGCCUGGAUGUAAACCUCAUCCUAUGGUACAUAUCUGUUGCUCUUGUUGCCUGUGUCUUUGUCACUUACAUGCUCAAAGUGUUACUCUACUUUGAAGCGGUUCGUCGUGAAUACUACCACCCCAUUCGCGUAAACUUCUUCUUUGCCCCAUGGAUAACCUUGUUAUUCUUAGCUCUUGGAGUUCCACCUUCCAUUACUGAAAACCUUAAUGGAGCUCUUUGUGUUGCUUCCAUAGCCUGGGCAAAUAUUCAAGGUUCAUUUGAUUAUGGGGCAAGGAUUGCUUACUUUAUUGCCUUGUUUCUCUAUUUCUCAUUGGCUGUUCGAGUUAAUUUCUUUCGAGGGUUCAAGUUCUCCUUGGCUUGGUGGGCGUACACUUUUCCAAUGACUGGAGCUGCCAUUGCAACCAUCAGGUUCUCUAAUGAGGUUCCCAACAUAGUAACAAAAUUCCUUUCCGUGGCACUCUCUGGCCUUGCCAUGCUCGCUGUGGCAUCCGUGCUUGUGACAAGUAUUCUCCAUGCCUUUGUUCUGCGAGACCUAUUCCCCAAUGACAUUGCUAUAGCAAUCAAUGCAGCAAACAAGGAUGUUGAGGCACCCACCACUAAACCAGUUGAAGAUUCUCCCACAACAGAGUCCCAGGCAAGCAAUCUCUAG